CCAAGCAAGAGGAUGAGGCCCUUCAUUGUUGUGCUGUGCCUGUGCCUGGGACUGGUCCAUUCAAGGGAACCCAUGAGAACAAAAAGGGCUGUGGAUCCAGACGCCUUUAGGAACAUCAGUGAACUCAUUACCAGCAAAGGUUAUCCUGCUGAGGAGCAUACAGUGGUAACAAGAGAUGGCUAUAUUCUCAGCAUGAGCAGAAUACCAUUUGGCAUUAAGAAUCAGGGAAAUUCAGUUAUGAAACCCGUGGUGUUUCUCCAGCAUGGUUUCCUGGGAGAUGGAAGCCAAUGGGUCACAAACUUGGCCAACAACAGUUUGGGCUUCAUACUUGCAGAUGCUAACCAUGAUGUUUGGAUUGGAAACACAAGAGGAAAUAUAUUAUCCAGAAGUCACCAACAUCUGUCUGUAGAUCAAGAUGAAUUUUGGGCUUUCAGUUUUGAUGAGAUGGCCAAGUUUGAUCUUCCAGCUAUGAUCCACUACAUUCUGGAAAAAACUGGUCAACAGCAGUUAUACUAUGUUGGCCAUUCGCAGGGCACUACCAUAGCAUUCAUAGCAUUUUCAACAAUGCCAGAGCUGGCUCAAAAGAUUAAAAUGUUUUUUGCAUUGGCUCCGGUGACUAGACUUGACCAUGCCAAAACUCCUGCAGUAAGGCUUUUUGUGCUUCCAGAAAGACUGCUCAGGUUUAUUUUCGGCAAAAGAGAAUUUCUUCCCCAGAACUGGUUAGUCCAACGUAUUAGUAGUACUGUCUGCGGUCUGGGAGCCGUUAGUACUCUUUGUGGAAAUUUCCUCUUCUUGAUCAGUGGCUAUAAUAAUGAAAAUAUGAAUAUGAGCCGAGUACACGUGUAUGCAGCUCGAUUCCCAGCAGGAGCAUCUACCCAGAAUAUGUUCCACUGGGCUCAGGUUUACCAUAGUGGCCUAUUGAAAGGUUAUGACUGGGGUGAUGACACAAAGAAUAAAGAGAAGCACAAUCAGAUCACUCCUCCUGUAUAUAAAGUAGAAGAGAUGGCUGUGCCAACUGCGGUGUGGUCUGGAGGAGCAGACCUGUUCUCAGACCCAGAAGAUGUUGCUGUAUUGAUCCCUCAGAUCCAAAACCUUGUUUCCUAUAAACACAUCCCAGAAUGGACUCAUCUGGAUUUCAUCUGGGGCAUGAAUGCAUUUAGUCAAGUAUAUACUGAAAUCAUUGACCUCAUGAAGCAAGAGCCAUAA